UGAUCGGGUCCAGCUUGGGCUCCAGAGUCAGGGCCGCCAUCGCCCACGGCGGAACGCGAGUCGGCGGUCUGUGAAUAUGGCCCAAGCCCACACAGCAUCCGAGGGGCCCUGCCUCACUCGGGGGGGAGGCGCCGCCUGCAGCGGCGCGGCCGCACGGCCAGAGCCCGACGCCCCUCUUCGCCAGCCGCAGCUGUCGUGGGCGCCCUCUGGCCCGCAUGCCCUGCCCCGCCGCGCCCGGAGCGAGGCCCCAGACGGCGGCGGGACGCCCGCUGCGACGCGCCGCAGGGGCGCUGGCGCUGGGGGCGCUGGCGCGCGCCUUGGGCCCGCUGCCGGGCCCGCGUGGGCGCGCCCUGGCGUUCCCUUACCUGCCAAAGCACCCCAACGCAACCCGAAGGCCCCAGACCUCCCCUUGUGCUCUCCGUGUUCCCGAGCAGGCCCGAGGGCGACUUCGGGCUGGGUUGGGUCGGGGUGGCCCCGUGGGCAGUCAGGCGUGCGGCGCGCCCUGGCCGCGGCGCGGCGGCGGUGGCCUCGCGGCCGCCGCGCUGCCCAGCGGGGAGCCCGAGGGUGGCUCGGCGCAGAGCGGCGGGCCGUUGGAGCCCGGGGGCGCUGCGGCGCAAGGUGGCGACGCGCCAGAGCCGCGCAGGCAGGGCCGGGGAGCCGGGCGUGCACCGGAGAGGGCCCCGUGGGACCUGUGGGCAGACCAGCGGGAACCCGGCGCCGUCGCCAAUGUGGGGAGCUUCCAGAUCCGGCGGCCGCUGGCCGCCGUGCCCUUCCUGCUGCUUGGCGUGUGCUUUGACCUCGGCGGCUCCAUGCGCCUCCUCCUGUCUAGCCUGCCAGACCUGGCCCGCGGGUACCGCCUCGACAGCAUCUACCCAGUGGUCGCCCCUGGCGGGAACCCGCUCGCCUGCGCCGCGAGCCCCGCGGCGUGCCAGAAGAGGUAUUACGGCGGCCCGCCCUUCCGGUGCACCUUCGCCUACCCUGGGGACUGGUCCCAGGACCCCUCGGUCGAGCUGGCGAGGAUGCGCCAGAGCGACGACAUGCUGACGCUGAGGAGCGGCAGGGCGCCUCGUGGCAGCAAGCCGCUGCCCCUCGUCGCCGUCGGGCCCGCGCAGGGGGCGGGCACGGGCGGCCUCAGCGUGUCGCUGUACGCCCGGCGCACGCGAGCUGCUUCCCUUGCCGAGGCGCUGGGCACGCCCGCCGAGGCGCUGGCCUCCCUCAUGGGCAGGUUCACGGAGCAGGCUCCGAAGCUGCGCGGCCGUGGGCCGCUGUCGGAGUCGGUGGCUGCGCAGGAGGUGGCUGGCGCGGGCGACCCGGCCUACCGCCUCGAGAGCCGCGUGCGCUACCCAGGGGACGCCGAGGCGGAGGCCCUUUCCGUGUGGACCGUCGCGCUGUUCUCGCCCGACGCCGAGGGGGGGCACGUGCUGCUGCUCACCGGGGUGGCCCCAGUGCAGGCGCCGCCCGAGGCGCGCGAGGCCGUGCGCGAGUCGACCUGGAGCCUGGCUCGCCUGGGCGGGUAGCUGGCCGCUGGGCCCCCCGCUCACUCGCAGGCGAGGCGCCAUCGGAACGCCUCGUGGCACGGCGAUGUGCGGAGAUGAAAUGAAUCGUGCCCGCCCCCAAUCGUGGUUUGUCUUCUGAUGCAGGCUAGCGGCAAGCUGCCCUUACGACUAAAGGCGUGGUGAAGGUUAUAGCAAGUAACGCCAUGGUAUCUGUCUGUCUAUCUGUCUGUCUGUCUGUCUGCCGGCCAGGCCGCCGGCCGCGGGCGCGCCCGUUUUCUGCACGACGUGCCGC